AUGGCUCCCCACGCGCAAGACAGCACGGGCUCCUCGAACGGGGCGGGACACGCCAAUGGACACGCCGGCGCUGCUCGCAGCACCUUCGUUGUCAACUCGCCCAACGUUACCUACACCGACGCGGAGAUCAAGUCCAAGUACACCUACCGCACCACCAGCGUCGAGACCAAUGCCUCGGGUGACUUUGUUGCCACCCCCAAGGAGGUCCUCUACGACUUCAAGGUCGACCGCAAGGUCCCCAAGGUCGGCAUGAUGCUCGUCGGCUGGGGCGGCAACAACGGCACCACCGUCACCGCCGGCAUCCUCGCCAACCGCCGCAACCUCGUCUGGGACACCAAGGAGGGUCCCCGCGAGGCCAACUACUACGGCUCCGUCGUCAUGGGCUCCACGAUGAAGCUGGGCACCGACGCCAAGACCAACAAGGAGAUCAACAUCCCCUUCCACAACGUCCUGCCCAUGGUCCACCCCAACGACCUCGUCAUUGGCGGCUGGGACAUUAGCAAGAUGAACCUGGCCCAGGCCAUGGACCGCGCCCAGGUCCUCGAGCCCACCCUCAAGGCCCAGGUCAAGAAGGAGAUGGCUGAGAUGGUGCCCCUGCCCUCCAUCUACUACCCCGACUUCAUCGCCGCCAACCAGGAGGACCGCGCCGACAACGUCAUCGAGGGCACCAAGGCCUCGCUGGCUCACGUCGAGAAGCUCCGCAAGGACAUCCGUGACUUCAAGGCCAACAACAACCUCGACAAGGUCAUUGUCAUGUGGACCGCCAACACGGAGCGCUACGCCGACAUCAUCCCCGGCGUCAACGACACCGCCGACAACCUGCUCAAGGCCAUUGAGCAGGGCCACGAGGAGGUCUCCCCCUCGACCGUCUUUGCCGUCGCCUGUAUCCUGGACAAGACUCCCUUCAUCAACGGCUCGCCCCAGAACACCUUUGUGCCUGGCGCCAUCGAGCUGGCUGAGAAGCACGGCGCCUACAUUGGCGGCGACGACUUCAAGUCGGGCCAGACCAAGAUGAAGUCGGCUCUCGUCGAUUUCCUUAUCAACGCCGGCAUCAAGCUCACCUCGAUUGCCAGCUACAACCAUCUUGGCAACAACGACGGCAAGAACCUGAGCUCGCAGAAGCAGUUCCGCUCCAAGGAGAUCUCCAAGUCCAACGUCGUCGACGACAUGGUCGAGGCCAACUCGGUGCUGUACAAGAAGGGCGAGCACCCUGACCACUGCGUCGUCAUCAAGUACAUGCCCGCCGUUGCCGACAACAAGCGUGCUCUGGAUGAGUACUAUGCCGAGAUCUUCCUCGGCGGCCACCAGACCAUCUCUCUGUUCAACAUCUGCGAGGACUCGCUGCUGGCGUCGCCUCUCAUCAUUGAUCUCGUCGUCAUCGCCGAGAUGAUGACGCGCAUCCAGUGGAAGUCGUCGGGCGCCGAGGGCGACUACAAGAACUUCCACAGCGUCCUGAGCGUCCUCAGCUACAUGCUCAAGGCUCCUCUGACUCCCCCGGGCACCCCGGUUGUCAACGCUCUUGCCAAGCAGCGCGCGGCCCUGACCAACAUCUUCCGCGCCUGCGUCGGUCUCGAGCCUGAGUCGGACAUGACCCUUGAGCACAAGCUGUUCUAA